UCGAAGGCACCACGCAAAAAUUGUUCGCUAGAAGGAAGCAAUUUUCCCUGCCUUCAAAACCCAUUUUCAGAUGCUUUUGGCGUGCCAAAACCUAGCUAGAAACUAUCCUGAACGUAUGCGGAUGCGAAUUCCUGUCGAGGACGGUCCGGAAACCGUAGUUUGAAGUGUGAAAAAGGUACGUGAAAAAAACUUUCCGGGGGCUAACAGCUCCACCACAGGAAGAGAAAGAUGGCGUCCACGGCGAGUUGGCUGUACGAAGUGCAGCAAACGGCAGCGGACACAAAACGGAACGCUGGCGCGGUGGAGGCUUGAUGGGUGCCAGUAGUGAAUCAAAGCAAAAGGAAGGACUAGAGCGUGUGUUCUGGCGGAAGAUUAGAAUGUGGAAAAUGGAAUAUUUUUGUGUGAACAUUGCAGUCACUGCCCAGUGAAGAACCGCGGACAAACUUGAAACGAUUGCGCAAAGUGUUGAGGGUUUGUUUUUGUUGACACUUCUGGGGAGUGUAGAAAAUAAAAAAAAUUAGAUUAUAACGAGAGGUGAACGAAGGGAAAUGUCCAGUUCGGUUUUCAAAGUUUAUCCGCCGUCCCCAACGUCGAGUCGGGAGGAGGAAGGAGUAUUGAACGUUGAAGGGGAAACAUCAGGAGCGGAAACAUCCGGCGGGCCAGGAGUGUUGAAUGCAUCAUCGGUUGAUGAGCAUCUGAAAAUUGAUUCCAAUCUUGUGAUCGUCGUUGGAAAGGAUGGAAGUGUGCAUGUCGAUCAGAAAACUCUGCACAGUUUGCUAGCUAACGAAACCAACGACACUUCAGUAAGUGUUGUUCGUAUUACAUCCCCAACGCCUAGCAUCGAGGCAGAAAUCGAGGAGGAGCGUCGUUUGUUGCAGGAGGAGAAACUUCAGCAGGAGCUUGAAUCCGGUACAGGAUCCAGUGAUAGUGGCUCAGGAGAUUCACCGGAUUCUUCAAAUGCUGCCCCUUCAAGUGGAGUUUCGAAGAAUGAAACUCCCGCGAAUGCAUCGGCGCCAGGUCCAAGUGGAGUGACCACCAGAAGAAGUAAUAAACCUGCAGCUGGCAAGAAAGAGGACGUCAUGCUAGACGACGGAGAUGCUCCGCACGUUAGUAUGAUGAUAGAGAGAUUCUACCCACCAGAAGAAGCGAAAAAGUUUGCGGAAGAAGUGCUAACAUUGGCCGGAUUGCGUAAACCACUUCGUGUGGAGACCAGAAUCGAUUACGAAUUUCAACGAUACGUUAUUGCUAAUGAUCAUUGUUACACUCCGUUGACAUCGCCAAGUCAGAAAUUACCGCCACGACCGUUUUACGAGGAUUUGGACUCGCCGAUCGAAAUUCGAUCCGGUGAUGGUACUGCGGUCGGUGAGACACAUACUACUAUUCAGCAUCCAGCGGCAGAAGGAACCAGUGGCAGAAAGAGAUCCACCAGUAAAGUAUCGCCUCCAACGCCGACCAAUAAAUCUCGACGGAGAAAAUCUGUUCGAGAGGCAAUGAAUGAUGCUGAAGAUUUGCAAAGCAUACUUGAAGGUUCUGAUUCAGAUUAUUCCGACGAUAGCUCUUAUCCGGAAGAAGAUGAUAAUGAUAGCGACUUGGACUUUAGUAUAACUGGAAAGACGCCAAAGAAGCGGAAAUCUAGCUCUCAAAAUAAAACUCCGAAAAGUGUUUCAAAGAAGGAAGAAUCACACGAAUCCAGUAAAAAGAAAGCUACUAAAACACCUAAAAAAUCUGAACCUAAAACACCGAUUUCUAUGCUCAACAAAACCGGUGUUCCGAGAACGUAUGGCCCCAAACGAAAUUUACAACCACCCAUGUCAGGUUCAGCUUCUCCAGCCCCAACACCGGUAGCACCUACACCGGUUAUUGCAGCUGUUACACCUGUUACUGUCCCUCCUCCCGCCCCAGUGACAGUGGUGACGGUGGUUAAGAAAGACAUUAAAAAACCCCCCAAACCAGCUCAUCACGUUGAAGCUCUAUUUAGUGACAUGACUUCACUGUUCUCCACACCGGACAUCAUCAAAAAAGUCGGUUCGGGCCGUCUUGGACAGCACGUCGGAACUCCAACGACAACACCAGUGAUAACACCCAGCACUUCAAAUACGGUUCGAGGCUUCGUGCAGCUUUCGCCAGCCAUAGUGAGAGGACCGCAAAAACUACCGGCCCAUAUUUCAAUUCAAACCCACACGAGUGCUUCCGAAGAACACGACAAACGAUUAGAUCUCAUUGAUUCGAUUGUUCAGGAAGAACUGAACCAUCCGGAUCCAAAGCUUCCGUUACAGCAACCCACCAUGACGGAGGAUAUUGUGAAAAUGUUGGAAAAUAACCUCCCUCCUGGUGGUGUUCAGGAGCCUGUUCUCCCUAUUACAGACAACAGUAUUCUGGCUGCUCUUGGGUCCAAUGACGACGGUCUUCCGGAAGAUCUCCUUCAACACGUCGCCGAACUUGCUGAACACAAAGAACUGCAGGAAAUUCUCGAUAAACAAGUUCUAGGAGUCAUAGGAACCGACAAUUCGAUCUCAUCUGCGGCUUCUAUACCUACCCCGUUAACUUCUGCAAUGAACCCAAUUUCAAUUACGCAGCAAAUGCAGCCAUCCACUCCCACUCAUAGUACCCCGUCGUCAGCGAAUCCAGAAUCGCUACCAACGAUGACCGUUAAAGAGCAACUCAUGCCCCGAAAGGAAUCCAUUCAAAUCCGACGAAGUGAUGGUCGGAUCAUCACUUUACCACCCAUCGAAGCUCCCGCCACCCGGUCUGCGAAACGUCGUGCUCAAGCUGGAUCCAGUUCUACUGUGUCACCCGCUCCGGUGUCGGUUGCGCCUCAUACCACAAUAGCUCCUUCUGGGAGCUUUACACCGUCACCUUCCGGCCAUCAUCCGAAAUCUUCAAAACAAUCAAUAAAGCUCAAUACAGGAGCUGUAUCGUACGAUGACGGAUCGGGAAGCUUGAUGAUUGAUGAAUCUCGAAGCAAAGGUAAUAGGAGUGGAACCUCCAGCAGAAGAACUUCGGAAUCUUCAUCCACAUCUGGUCGCGGUAAGCGGCAGAGCACGGUCGCUGUCGCUGCAGCUGUUGCCCCUGCUGUCGAUGACGAUGCUGAAUCGGAUGAAAGUUGGAAUUCGGAAGACGAUCCGGAUAGACUAUGGUGCAUUUGCAUGCAGCCGCACAACAACCGUUUCAUGAUCUGCUGCGACACAUGCGAAGAAUGGUUCCAUGGCAAGUGCGUCAACGUCACCAAAGCCAUGGGUCAGCAGAUGGAAGAGGACGGCGUCGAAUGGAGCUGCCCCAACUGCUCCAAAAAGAAGCAGGAAAAGCAGGUAAGAACCAAUACUCGAUUGCACGUAGUAUUAGUCUGAUUAGGGA